UUAUUGUUUUUCAUGAAAUAAAAUGCACCCACUGUAAAAUAACUGCAUCCCCCAGGAUACAGACACAUUUCAGGGUUCAGGGGAAAUAGUGGGAUAACAUAAUGAAAAUAAAGUCUUGUUUGAAUUCAACCUCUUAAACUUUGUUGUUGGAAACUUUGUGAACAAAUGGAGAAGGAAGAAACGCUGACGCAAAACUUUGAAAACCACAAGUCCUGCAACCAUCUGUGGCAUUAGACUUUCUUCUUCUGAUGUUUGAAGAUUGAACUCGUCCUGUGGAGCUCACCCGGGUAUGGGAGCAGGAGAAAGUGAAGUUAAGCUGGGCCUGAAGAGUCAAAACGAGAACAUAGACGUGUCCAGAAAGUCAGACAAGAGCUCGACUGUCUCUGCUUCUGUUGCUCAUUCAGCUCCAUCGACUCUGUGACACAUAUCAACACAGCAAAAAUGAAGUCAUUGGAACCUGAAAGAACAGAAAGACAAGCAUCGUGUUUCAGCAGGGCAGCCAGAAGAAUCAGGAGUGCCCUGUCCAGGAUUUGCAGAAACGAUUCCUCCUCUCCUGAUUACACUCGCCCUCGUCUUCAAAGUCAGUCAAUUUAUACAGCGCUUGUACAAUCUUGUUCUGAAGAUUUACCCGUGUCAAGGACCGGCAGAGAGGAGACCUCCUCUUCUGUCUACACUCGCCCUCGUCUUGAAGGUCAGACACCUUGUCCUGAAGUUUUACCUGUGUCCAGGAUUUGCAGAGAAGAUUCAUUUUUUUCUGUCUACAAUUGCCUUCCUGAUGAUCCUUGGUAUCAGACCAAUGAUGAAAAUUAUAAUCCAUACCAGUCCAGGAUCCGCAGAGGCAAUUCCUCCUCUCCUGUCUACACUCGCCCUCGUCUUAAAACUCAGACAACUAAUGCAAUGUUUCAUCGACCUUGUUCUGAAGAUUUAAAUUUUAGGAUUCCCAGAUGUAAAUGUUUGGUUUCUAAUGCUUCAUAUGACUACGAAGACUGCUAUUCAGAUAUUUCCUUCGGAUCUCCCUCCCUCCAGGACUAUAUUGUCUGCACUGAAGAAAGCAGAGCACAAGAGGUUUUUAAGCUGUUGUCUGUGCAGUCUGAAAGCGAUACAGGAGAUGUCAGUGAUGCUCCGGUGGAAAUGGAUGCAUCUCUUACAGCUGAGAACUACUCAGCCACAAACACCCUGCCAGCCCGUUCUCACCUCCAGAACAACUCUUCAGAUCCUGGUUCCAGUAAAAGAGACUCCAGCUGUUUGUCUCGCUCUCACAGCGUUCCCUCACUGAGUCUAACAACCUCUGCAGACAACAAGACCUUUACACGAGCAAAGAGCUUACCUGACAUGCUGUUCAAAAACAGCUUUGAGGAGUUUACACCUGAUAUCACUGCUGAUGAGAACGAUGAAAGCUACAGGUUCCAGUGCUCCUGCCCAGGCCUGUACCAGUGCAGUGUGACAGGUCUGCUGUUCCACAUGGAGGGAGAAGGGGACGUGGUCUACAGGAUUGUCCCUUGGGACAGGAGGCUACUGGGCCAACAUCACAAGCAGCCUGCAGGACCCCUGUUUGACAUCAAAUGUGUCCAGCAGUCUAUGUGUCAGCUUCAUCUCCCACACUGUGAGAUCCGCUCCACAGGUGGUUGUGGAUUCUUGUCAGUUGCUCAUGUGAAUGAUGACAGCAUCGAGUUCAUCGCCCCUCAUAAGAUAACAGAAACUCAUGUUAUCAUAAACAUCACAGGGUUUUCUGGUUUCGGUAACGUCAAGGAUGAAGACUGCCCACCUGACCCGGUCCGAGCACUGGUUCUGCUGUUCUACAGACCCCCGGCUGAUCCUGAUCUUGACUCCCUCCUCAAUGUGUUGUUGCUACCGAUGAACGUCGUGCUCCGGGAUGUGCUGCGCACCAGGAAGAAAUUAUUUGGAGAGGAGAGCCUCAUACAGACAUCCCCCCACUGUAAACUGCACCCAAAGCAGGAAUACAAACUGUCCACUUGUCCUGAAGACGACUCAGUUCUAGUUGAACCGACAGAAGCAGAAUUUGACUGUGAUAACUAUGACAACUACUUCCCAUCAUUCCAGGUGACUUUAGAAAAAAUCAUGAAACAUAUUAAACUGUUUUUGAGAGAAACCAAAAGCCCCCACAGUGUCUGGGAAAGACGAGUUUGUCUUCCAUCCAGUGCAGUAAAAAGGUGUGUGCAGGGCAGUUCAGAUGAGAGGCUGUUGGACAUUCGGAGCAGCUUCAUCGAUGGGAUAUCAGGACCUGUUCUCAAAAGUCUGCUGGACAAACUGUUUGAGAAAACGGUGCUGACUGAUUCUGAGAGGGAGUCAGCGGACGAGAUCCAAAACAAAAGUGACAAAGCUCGUUUUGUUAUCGACACAGUGAGGAAGAAAGGUGAAGCUGCUGGUUCAGAGAUGAUUGACUUUCUCUGUGAGGUCGACCCCUUCCUCUCUGAACACCUCGGGUUGAUCUGAAGCUGAAUGAACAGGUGAUACAUGCAGAACAUGUUGACCUGAAGGUUAGAAACUGAUCAUUCUGUAACUCCCAUAAAAGACUUUUCCCUGCAUCAGUCACGGUUCUUGAUCUAGUCCAUUUUUCCCAUUCAAAUCAAUCAACUGUAGAUAUGGAUGUUUGUCACCUGAUUUUUACCAAUCACUGAUGCUUUCUGUUUGAUGUUUGUACACCUUUGAUGGUUUAUUUCACUUAUGUUUUAUGGUGUCAGGUACGUUUUAUUGCUUUCUGUCAGGUUCAAGAACCAGGUGUCAGUUAAGGUGCUAAUGUGGAUCCAAAUGAGAUGACAAUAAAAUCUAAUUAUAUAUUUUUUACAUUGUGCAAAUGGAAAUAUAACAAUGCAAGAGAAAGCCUAUGGCUGUUAUUGUCUAUAUACUAUUUUUGACUGUGACUACUGGGUCUGUUUGAUGUCUAAUUGUAGCUUUUCGCUUAUCACAGAUUUUGGUAUCAGCACUUAUGUUGUUGUAAUGUUGUUGUUGAUAUUGAUUAACUCUUAGCUACUGAAUGGUUUUUGUACUACUAUUUGUUGUCACUGUUUACGAAGGAUUUACAUUCAUGAUUUCUAUUUAAAAAACAUCUUUAGCAACUAGAUUUGAAUUGUAUCUAACCUAAAGGGGGAUUUGUUAUGGAUGCAUUAAAGAUCAGUUGUGUAACAUUGAGGGGCUCUAUCAGCAGAAAUGGAAUAUAAUAAUCCUAGGUGUGUAAUCACCUGAAUAUAGGAAUUUUGUGUUUUUGUGACCUUAAAAUGAACUGUUUUUAUGUCCAGAUGCUGCUGGGAACCUUCGAUGGAGUCUAGUCCUUUAAGAGAGUUAUAGUUGUGCAUUAUACCGUGGCAAUGACAGCAUCAUUUUGCAUCUGUACAUUUCACCAGAUUCUAACACACACCCAUCCCUACUGAUCAUGUCAAGUUUAACCAGUUUCCCAGCAGCUGGUUUUGUCUUAAUAAGUGUUUUUGUGAUCUCACAGAUGUCGCUUGUCUGCCUGAAACAGACAAAUGAUUAAAUGUUGGUUUAGCCCAGGCCAAAGGUUAUAUCAUUCUGGAAACAUCUUUGGAGAUGCAGCCUGCGGCUGCAUAAAUAUGGAGGCUAAAAAUUGCGUUCUUGACCUUGGAAACAGCUCAACAACCUCACUGCAAGAUCCAUUCAGUAGCUGUUCUGGAGUUCGCUGUGUGACUCAUUAGUCAAAUCUUUAAAUGAUUUUUAAAAAAGCCCAGUGGGAUGUUGUACAUCUUUAGUGACUUCCAACCAAUCUCUGCCAUACAGCUCUGAAGCAACAGCAACCACACAACAGAUGUAUUUAAAUAAACAACAUUUUAAUCCCA